AGCUCCGAUGCUUUCUCCACAAGGCCGUGGUGCACGGGAAGAUGACUUGUUCACGGAAGAGAAGAUGGCGUUGAUCCCUAAUUCGCUAAAAUGGAUGAUUCAUGAAUUCCUGAGGCUCAAAGAUAAACGUGAUAUAAUCACAAUUCAUGUCCCCCGAGGAUUCAUUGCACCGCGUACCCAGAUCACGUUAUCUGGAGAGGAUUUGCAGCAGGUUGCUACGUGUGACUACAUCGGCAACCAGGGAAUGCUGUUUGGAAUGAUGCACAUAUGGGAGAGCAUCAACGGUCUGAGAAAAAUUUUUAAGUUUUACGACCCAGAGCUUCUCAUAGUGCAUGGGAUCAACGAUGAAGAAAAGAGUCAGUCUUUUGACGAUGCGGCAAGACGAUUGGCUAAUUGGUUAUCAUUAAUGAACAACAACCACCAAAUGUUCUUUAUUCCUUGGAAUAUCGGGAUGCAUUGGACGCUAGUGGUGGUUACGCCAAGGAAAAUUAUCCAUUUAAACCCUAUAAGUGGCCGCCCAAUUCCCGAAGUAAUAGAACAAAUGAUCGGAAGGUAAUAAUUUAAUGACUUCUUAUGUAACGAAUUUAAAUUAACUAACGAAUUGAAAUGCUAAUAUAAUUUUCCCAAACAGGACAUUCAUGUAUAUAGGGAACGCACAUGAGUAUCUUGGUUCGUGGCAAGGAAUUAACCAAGCAAACUGUCCAAGACAACCUAAAAGCCAAGAAUGCGAUUUUUAUGUUUUGAAAUAUAUCACCGACAUCGUCGCACGUGCCAACCCCAGCCGUUACAUACAAGAUCAAAAAGCUGUAAGUUUUAAUUAUUGAUUAUAGUAUAUAAAUUCUAUAAUAACAAAUAUAUAAUAUACAUAUACAUAAACUAAUAUAAAUUUUUAAUUUUUUUAACAGUUUGGGGGUAAGAAGCAAUACGAUCCAAAAACAGAAUUGUUACCACUACAGCGAAAGUGGAUCGAACAAUUGAUGGCGGUGAUUCACGGUGACGAUUGAGGUUGAAAGGUCGAAGAAUUUUUCUUCAUGAUGUAA